AUGGUAAUCGCACCGUUGCCGAGCAAGGGCAUCGGCAAAGUCAAACCACAGAAACGCCCGCAGCGCAAGCCAGAGAAAGUCAAGCAGGCACCUAUCCAGUUUCGUGAUGCCGUUGGGAGGAAAUUCGUCUUUCCAUAUGAAAUGGUCGCUACCUGGCCCGGGUUGGAGAGAUUGGUUCGAGAGGCGUUCAUGCCCAUUGCCGUAAUCGGGCCGCACGUCGACGAAGGACACUACGAUCUGAUUGGGCCCGAUGGCGAUGUCAUUCUCCCAUCCGUCUGGGAACAUGUGGUGGUGCCGGGCAUGUCAGUUACUAUGCACAUGUGGCCUCUGCCGGAGGCAACAGAGCAACCGGCGGAAGACGAGGAGACGAGAGCAGAGAAAGCAGCAGCGAAAGCAGCAGCGGAGGCAGCGGAGGCAGCGGCGCGCAGGCCGGUGCGUGCCAGGCUGGAGGCCGAUGACCCGCGAUGGAUUCCGCCACCCAUGGUUGCGCCAGACGGGGGUUUCGGCUUCCCUGAUAGCGUGGGGAUGGCAAACGGCACUCACUCGCUGUAUCUUGCGCUCUUCGAACUUCGGUUUGAUGACAACAUCCAGAACGCACAGGUGACCGCUUCGUGUGAUCUGAGUCCGACUACGGACGGCGAGGCCGAUGCUGAGUGGAAACUUGGGUUUUUCCGUCGGUCUUCCACGGGACUGGUGGAUGGGGACGUCCUGGAUGGCUCCGGCUUCGAUAAAACCGGAGUCCAACAGAUUCUGUUAGGAAUGAAUGACUCGGAGAAGUAUGGUGUGGCUAUCCUGCUACGGCGCCGACGAACCGAACAGGAAGCGCCAUUUCCUGUAGUUUUCGACAUAGACUAUACACACCACGGAGACUACGCAGAGGCGGAGCUAGUAACGCAACAUAUCCUGCCCGGCAGAUCAGAGAGCACCCCCUGGACACCUCUGUCAUGGGCCGCGGCGAACGGAUGGGAGGACUGUGUAAACGUGCUGCUCCAAGAAAAGGGCAUCGCGCAACUUGAUCAGAAUGGAAGAUCGGCUCUUUCCUGGUCCGCGGGCGGCGGACAAGCGAGGGUCACCAAGCUGCUUUGCGAUGAGCCGGGGAUACAGGUCGACGAGGCGGACAUCGGGGGACGGACGCCGCUAUCUUGGGCUGCGGAGAACGGUCAUGUUAAUACCAUAAAUCUGCUGCUGGCUCAAGCAAAGGUCGACAUGAACCGGCCGGAUUGCCAGGGGCGAAUACCACUUUCAUGGGCAGCUGGGAACGGGCACGUCGAUGCUGUGAUCACCUUGAUCAGUAACGCGAAAAAGAAUGGUCUGAUAGUCACCGCUCCUACUGGCGAAAAACGCGAUUUCGACAGCAGUCCCCUCUUCUGGGCAGCUAAAAAUGAGCAGGAGAGUACCUUGCGUAUCUUAAUGGAGGAAGAACUUCAACUCCCUGAGAUAUACAGACAGCCCACCAGGCUGCCGUUGACACAGUUGUAUCUGCACAAAGCUGCGCAACAGGGAUGGUGUGUCUUCACAAAGCUUUUAAUUGAGAAGAAAGUCCAAAUCGACUCCAGCGAUCCGGACUACGACGAUCGCACGCCUCUCUGCGUCGCUGCAGAGCAAGGGCGCGCAGAGGUGGUGGAGACUCUACUCAAGGCUGGAGCGGCACGCAACCAUCAAACUACCAAAGCUCGAGACACUCCCCUCGGGCUGGCCAUCCGAUCGGGGCAUGAGGCCGCAGUCAAAGUGCUUCUCAACGCCGGGGCCAGUGUCCAUUUGAGGAACGCCAAGGGGGAGGCACCGAGGGACCUGGCUAACCACCACCCAACCCUCUUCUACAUGGUUGCCGCCGUAGACAAGGUCGGGAGACUCGCGGAAACAGAGGACGAGCAUCUCGACUCCAGCAUCGACCAUGAAUUCAAGGCCACUGUCAUCGACUUUGUCUCUGUCUCUGGCGUCCUGACGCCUUGCGCUGUAGAAAUUGCUGUGGAUGAGCUCCUGCAAACCCCUUGGGUUUCUACUACCCCAGGCACUUCUUCCACCUCAUUUCGAUGGCUGCAUCUUCCGGUUAAUAAUCUUUUGAUGGCCCGGCUGUACAAUAACUCAGCCUCUGCUUAUAGAGUGCUCAAGCCCGAGCGCUGGGUUAAUCGACAACAUCAUGGUGCCACUGGCGGCCACCAUGCUCGCUUUAUGCGGUCACAAUGUCAGGCGUUUCCAAGCGCCGCGCUCUGGGCUCUGGACGGGGAAGGAACGGACUAUCACACAGACCUAGUGUUGUUUAUGCCCUUCCUCCAUUGGGAUUUCGAAGAAAUGCACUCAAGACGCGAAGCAAUUGCCAACUCCUUGUCUCAAAAGCACAACAUGAAUGAGAGGCUUACUCGGGACCAAACGCUGGUAAAAGCGUAUCUAACUGACGAGCAUCCUUUGCAUAUCCGACGCACUCUAGAUCAGUACUACUAUCAUACUGCUACAGACACUACAAUGAGAGACGAGGAUCAGGUUCUCGGUUACUAUCAAAUGAAAAACGGUCUGCAACCAAAGAUCCUUACUAUGGUCGAUCAGCUAUGGCUCUGGGUGCUGAAGGGAGAACAAGGCAAGCCUGACACUGUCGUCAGCUGUUUCCCGGUUCUCGAUCCAGCACAUCCAGACCAACAAGGGUUGACGAAUGUGCUGCGCUGCGUGAAGCUGCGACUUCUCGAUGAACCCGCUUCUGUUCAAACCGCUUACGAUCUGGCAGGGCUGAUCGCCGCUAUGUGCUCUAGGAUCUACCUUGACCGGGCAAGUACCCUGAGUUUCGAAAACACCAAAUCGACGCUCCAGUUUUCUGAACUCUAUGAGACGGAAAUUAGCCAUAUAAUUCAAGAGGAGAGUGUCCUAUUUGGCAAUUUUACCAAACUCGAGAAGGAAAACGUGGCGAAUAUACAGCGGGAGAUCGUCCUACUCUCCAGGAUCAAAGCGACCCUCGACGAGCUGAAUGUCAUGGCCAUGCUGUUUAAUGACCAGCGCAACAUGCUCAAGAGCAUGGACAGUAUCGUCAAGUUUAUUUCAGCCUUGGAAACUGCAGAUCAGAGCCUGGAAACAGCAGACUCGGAAGACGAGUCGAGCAGUAUCAGCGACGCAACUGCGAAUCCAGACAAAAUCGCAAAAAUAGAAGAAGCCUACGCAGGCCAACGUGCAACGGUGAUAUGGGGAACGCGCAAUGACCCAGAUGACUUCAGUCUGCCGUUGGCCAUGGUCAACGCCAGCAUCGACGAGAUCAAUGCCAUGCUUGAGCGUGCAGGGAGGGCCAGCCAGUCGAUUAAUUUCCUGAUAGACGUUAAACUGAAGCAGAACAGUGUGAUGGACGCGCAGGAGUCGCUCAAGAUGACUAGAGAAACAACAAAGCAUGGACGCACUAUCCUUAUUUUUACUCUAACUACUAUCGUCUUCCUCCCUUUGUCGUUCAUGACUACGUUCUUCACUCUCGACAUCAGCCAAUUCCGCAAAAAUGCCGAGGGCAAGCUUGACCUAGGUUACGUCUCAUAUAUCGUCUUGCUGUGGUACCGGGCAAUGGCCUUUGGGAGGUCCCGCAUGAGCCCCGGCUCGUUGGUAUCUGAAGUCUACAACAGUAUGAUGGACAAGCGAGAAAUAUUUCCGUUCAUUGAGGAUCCUUUCACUCGCGAGGAAAUAAAAUCGCAAAUAUUGCAACUCCAAGGCCGCAUUCUAUUCUUUUAUACCUUCUUCGAUGACUGGAAGUACUUGGGGGUUCUAGUGAAAUCAGUUCAGCCAUUUUUAAUAUCGGCAAUCAACGGUUCCCUACGUGACGAAUUCUUUUUGCAUUUCAAAAGCAACCAAGCCUCUCGGGGAACAAUCAAGACCCAGACCGCAGAGCCGGAUAUCGAAUCUGCCGUGCAGAGACGGUGUACAUCCUGCACAUCACCCGACCGACGCCUUGAAACUCAUACCUCCCUCGUCGCCCUCUUCUCAACCCUCGGACCCCAUUAUCGGUCUGUGUCCAGCAUAUUCGCAUACUUCGGUUCAUCGAAACUCCGCGAGGUUGCUGCCUGGGCCUCUCUCGCGGGUUCUCGCGCAUACUACUGCCCUCCAGCCUCAUCCGAUGUACCGCCCGCCCUGUCGCACGGGCCUACCCUCGUCCUGAACACCCACGCCGUCGGUCUCUCUUCUCCUCCUCCUCUUGUCCCUCGCGACCUCGCCUUCCGCCAUGGAUUUCCACCUGGUGCCGAGGGGCACUGA